CCCUCAACAGACAGGGAUCUCUUUUUAAAAUGAAAUAACAUCAUCCUGUCCUCUUUUUGGGGGAAAUGCUUUAAUGUGAGUUGUCUAAAUCUGUUGGAAGCAAGCAGCAAACCCUAGUCGGUUGUCUCUUUAAAUCGACUCUGCAGUGUGACGGGCAGCGGGCCGCCGGGCUGGGAAGAACCAUUCCCGCUCUGCCGCAGGGAGCCAGGGCACGGCGCUGCCGCGGUCCGCGCCUCCCCCAGUCCCCAUGGUUACAGCUCCUGCUUCCCGGCCGGUCCUUCAUUCCCCUGGCUGCUGCUGCAGAAAUCAGGCGCGCAGGCGGCUGGCGUCCCCCAACCCAGAGCUGGAAACUGCCUGCAGAGAGCGCAUUGAAUGCCUGCUCUUCUCGGCUCUGACUCACUCCCUCCGGGUGCAGAGCUCGGUCCCCAGCGCAGUACUCUGGCCACAGCCAGUCGCCAGGCUGCAGCCCUGCAAUCUGUUGAUAACUCCACUCACACGCUCCAGUCGAAUGCCUAUCGUCACAGAAAGCUGUUCCCUAGCACGAGGGACAUGCCACAUCUCGCCUAUGAGAAGCGUGAGACCUGUGCCUCUCCGGCUGCCUUUACCAAAAUAGGUGGGUCAGCCUGCAGCUCCUCAGCCAUCCUGUCACAAUCACUCUGAGGUGGCCUUCCCAGGACUUCCACCGUGACUGCAGUUUGGGACUUGACCUUCCAGAUGGCCAUGGAGGCUAGAGGGGAGAAGGGCGCAACAUAGUGGUUGAUGCCAGCAACCCCGCCGAUGUUCUUGCCUCUCUUAACUCUGCAGGGCUCAUGGAUUUGAAGACUGUCCUCUCCCUGCCCCAGUACCCAGGGGAGUUCCUGCACCCCGUGGUGUAUGCCUGCACUGCGGUCAUGCUCCUGUGCCUCCUUGCCUCUGUCAUCACCUACAUCCUCCAUCAGAGUGCCAUCCGGAUCAGCCGGAAAGGCCGGCAUGCACUCCUCAACUUCUGCUUCCACGCGGCUCUGACCUUCACCGUGUUUGCUGGUGGCAUCAAUCGCACCAAGCACCCUAUCCUAUGCCAGGCGGUGGGCAUUGCACUGCAUUAUUCUACGCUCUCUACCAUGCUGUGGAUCGGAGUGACUGCCAGGAACAUCUACAAACAGGUGACCAAGAAGGCCCUGCCAUGCCCAGGUGCAGACCAGCCACCGUACCCCAAGCAGCCCUUGCUCAGGUUCUACCUCAUCAGCGGAGGGGUUCCUUUCAUCAUCUGUGGGGUCACAGCUGCCACAAACAUCAGAAAUUAUGGGACCGAGGAUGAAGACGUGGCAUACUGCUGGAUGGCCUGGGAACCCAGCUUGGGUGCAUUCUAUGGGCCAGCUGCCUUCAUUGCCCUGGUCACCUGUGUAUACUUCCUCUUCACAUAUGUACAACUGCGACGUCACCCAGAGCGCAGGUAUGAACUCAGAGAGCGCACUGAGGAGCAGCAGCGGCUGGCAGUGUCUGAGAGUGGCCAUCGCCGUGGGGUACGCCCUGGCACACCACCACCCACCUGUGAUGCCCUGGCUGCUUCACAGCUGCAGAAUGAGCAUUCCUUCAAAGCCCAGCUGCGUGCCGCUGCCUUCACGCUGUUCCUGUUCACAGCCACAUGGACCUUUGGGGCCCUGGCUGUGUCUCAGGGCCACUUCCUGGACAUGAUCUUCAGCUGUCUGUAUGGCGCCUUCUGUGUGACGCUGGGACUCUUCGUACUUAUCCAUCACUGUGCCAAGCGGGAGGAUGUAUGGCAGUGCUGGUGGUCAUGCUGCCCCUCUCGAGGAGAUACCUCCGCCAGCAAGCCCAGUGCCCACCCUACACUCGAUGCCAAUGGGGAUGCACUGGCCCAUACAGCCUGCCUGCAGGACUCACCAUGCCCUGGAAAACUCAGAGGCUUUGGCCAUCCACCAGCCAGCCACUGCAAGAUGACCAACCUGCAGGCUGCCCAGGGCCAUGUCAGCUGUCUGUCACCUGCCACCCCUUGCUGCGCCAAGAUGCACUGUGAGCAACUAAUGGAGGAAGAGGCCCACAUGCACAUGGCUGAGGAGGACGCCUUCCCACAUGAUCCCCACCUGCAUGACCCUCACCUGCACAGGUGUCUCAAGGGCAGAACUAAGCCCCACUACUUCAGCCGGCACCAGGCAGCUGCAGCUGAGAGGGAAUAUGCCUACCACAUCCCCUCCAGCCUGGAUGGCAGCCCCCACAGCUCACGCACAGACAGCCUUCCCAGCUCUCUUGAGGGACCAGUAGGGGUGCAUACAUUGGCCUGCUGUGCCCAGGCCGAUCCCUUCCCCAUGGUCACCCAGCCUGAGGGUGGAGACAUGAGCCCUGGGCUCUAUGGCUGUCCCCCACGGCUGUCCCCAGGCCCUGCCCACUUGGAGAUGCUACGAAGGACACAGUCCCUGCCUUUUGGGGGUCCCAGCCAGAAUGGGCUGCUCCAGAGUGAUGUUCGAGAAGGCCUGCCAUAUGGCACUGAUGGGACAGGGAACAUCCGAACAGGACCCUGGAAAAAUGAAACUACAGUGUAACCAGGUUGGGAACACAACUCCCUCACCAGUGCCAACAUGUGUCCUGUCCCUGGAGGAGCUUCAGAGCACAGAGUGAUACUCUGCUCUGUGAGGUUGAAUGGGCUGGGAGGGUCAUCAAAUGACCAAGUGGCUCAGAAGUGGUUCUUGCCCCUCAGCCAUA